UGACGUUAAUGUUUGGAGUCUGGUUUCCAGGUUAGGGUUUUGUCGGGCUCCGAAGUGCCCGUUAGCGGAAGAGAAAUCGGCCGGACCAUGUCGGCCUUCGAGAAGCCUCAGAUCAUUGUCCAUAUCCAGAAGGGCCUCAACUACACGGUGUUUGACUGUAAGUGGGUGCCCUGCAGCGCCAAAUUUGUGACCAUGGGCAACUUCGCACGGGGCACCGGCGUCAUUCAGCUCUACGAGAUCCAGCACGGGGACCUAAAGCUGCUUCGGGAGAUUGAAAAGGCCAAACCCAUUAAAUGUGGAACAUUUGGUGCAACAUCUUUACAGCAGAGAUAUUUAGCUACUGGAGAUUUUGCUGGAAACCUUCAUGUAUGGAAUUUGGAAGCUCCAGAAAACCCAGUAUAUUCUGUAAAGGGCCAUAAAGAAAUUAUAAAUACUAUAGAUGGUGUAGGUGGACUCGGAAUUGGGGAAGGAGCACCUGAAAUUGUGACUGGCAGCCGAGAUGGAACUGUGAAGGUAUGGGACCCAAGGCAAAAAGAUGAUCCUGUUGCUAAUAUGGAACCUGUACAAGGAGAAAACAAGAGAGACUGUUGGACGGUGGCAUUUGGCAAUGCUUAUAAUCAAGAGGAGCGUGUUGUGUGUGCUGGCUAUGACAACGGGGACAUCAAACUGUUUGAUCUCAGAAGUAUGUCACUGCGAUGGGAGACUAACAUUAAGAAUGGGGUGUGUAGCUUGGAGUUUGACAGAAAAGAUAUAAGUAUGAAUAAACUAGUAGCGACAUCUCUGGAAGGAAAGUUUCAUGUUUUUGACAUGAGAACACAGCAUCCGACCAAAGGGUUUGCUUCUGUUUCAGAAAAGGCUCAUAAAUCUACCGUGUGGCAGGUCCGACACCUGCCACAGAACAGAGAGCUGUUCCUGACAGCUGGUGGCGCCGGCGGCCUCCACCUCUGGAAGUACGAAUACCCUGUUCAGCGGUCCAAGAAAGACUCGGAGGGAGUAGAGAUGGGAGUUGCGGGUUCGGUGAGCCUUCUGCAGAAUGUUACAUUGUCUACCCAGCCCAUUUCCAGUUUGGACUGGAGUCCAGAUAAAAGGGGCCUCUGCAUCUGCAGUUCAUUUGAUCAGAUGGUAAGAGUACUGAUUAUUACAAAACUCCAUAAAAUUUGAUCUGAAGACUUUGGACUUUGAAACGUUCCAGCAGAACACUCAUAGUAUUUAGAAUGUGUCCUGGAUCCUCUGACCCCACUGAACAAGUUGGAUUUGACUGAUGACGAAAGGCUCAGACGCAAACCUCCAGGCUAGCUUCUCUCGGUGUGGAAUGCCCAGCGGCGUGUUCCGGCCACCUGGCUGGUCACUGGGUUGCUGCUGCACAUGGGGGUACCACGGUCUCCACAGCCGGCUGUGUUCCUCUCCUUUCG